GUUUUGGCCAUUCUCGACGUUUAGUGCGUUCCAUAUAUGGCAAACAAAGCAAUAACUCCCGCCCUGGGCGACAGGUGACAGGUGUCAGUCUGCUAAUUAAUUGAAUUGUGCCGCCAGCCAAUCAGCGAAGAGAAAGGAACACUUCGUCGGCAAUGACGCAACAUUUGAUUGUCAUGUUUAUAUGUAGACGGAACCAUUCAUAUUUGAGAGGAUUUUGUAAUUUAUGUUACUCCAUAAAAGGUUACUGCAAAGAAAAUAGGAAUAUAAUAUGUGACCAUUAUUUUGAAAACAGCAAUUACAAAUAUACACAAAAUAUAUAUACGGAAAGAAACUUUUAGGUUUGAGAUUUUUAUGCAGACCUUCUUGAAGAUUCCACCCCGGACUCGUUCAUUUUUAAUUUUACAUUUACGUCACAGACUCCCGCAGCAACUGCAUUUAGUCUGCAGUUUUCUGCGCAUUUUACGUCAGCUUCUACCCAGUUUCGGUUGUCAUCGGUAGCAGAACAUCUUUAGGUGAGAAAUGGCUAGCCUUACAUUGUUCACUCCGUUGUUAAUGUACAUUGAAAGGUGUUUUCGUUUGUGAAAUUCGUCAAAACAACGUUAUAUGAGAACUGUGGAACGCUGGUACCGCAGGCAAGUGCUGACAAGCCACUGCCGUCGUAGUGUAUCUCCGUUUGUUGUCAAAAACAUGCAUGAACUGAUAACGUUAGUAGGCGAAAUCAGUUUUCCUUGGGAAAGGGCAAAAGAUACUUCCACACGAGAUGUCAUGGUGUUUUCUGCAUCAUUUCUGAUUUUUGACGCCUCUCGAGCUCUGUCCCUACAAAGUGUGCUCGAGCAGCUACAGGCCGACAUGCUACAGCUUCAGGCGGACGACAAAGCGAUACAGGCCGAAAUGCAGCAGCUUCGACAUGACACGGCGGCCAAAGACCAAGAGUUCCAGACUGAGAUUGGACAACUUCAGACCGAGAUGGCGACCAAAGACCAGAUGUACCAGGCCGAAAUACAACAGCUUCACGCCAAAGACCAAGAGAUGGAAGCUGAAAUUCAGCAAAUUCAAAAUGAGAUGGCGGCCAAAGACCAGAUGCACCAGGCUGAUAUCCAACAACUUCAGACCGAGAUGGGGGCCAAGGACCAGAGGAUCCAGGACCUGGAACAGCGUGACUACAUCGAACGCUGCGAAAGCGGUGUCUUUGAAACACCAGAUGACGUCUUCACGUCCGGUGAUGGUGAUCGCCACCUCGACCUGACCGCCACGUUCAGCAGGGCCUUCCGGACAACCCCCGUGGUGACUGUGGGCUUGACGUCACUGGACCAUUUUCCUGGCCACACCCGCGCCAAAGCAACCGUGGUGUCCGUCUCCACAACCAGUCUGACGGUGCGAAUCGGCACCUGGGCCAGUUCACAGCUGUACGCUGCCUAUGUCCACUGGAUGGCCUGUGCAUGAGAUGUUAAAGUUACUCGGUUUGGUCGAAAGAGUCCAACUUGUAACCUGAUGACUUGUAGUGGUCGCAUAGAUGAAUUACACUCUGUUAACUUAAACUAAACAUGGCUAUAGAGGGAACUUUGAUGAAAAUAAACGGUUCAGUCAAUCUGAGUCUUUCCUA